CCGCUUUGUAGUGGUGUGGCGGUAGUGCACGCGCUUUCCUUCUUUGUUUACGAAACACGCCGCUUGUCCUAGCUGUUGGCCAUUUAAGGAACCGAAAUUCUGCCAAAAGUGUACCACGAUGGAUGGGAUGUGCUUCGACUACGAUCACUACUUCUCGGAGGAAACGUUCAUCAUCGAUGAUUUCGGGGAGAUUUGUGAAGAUGUGGUCCGUAUAGCGAGUGUCAACACGCAGUACCUUUGCAAAGAUUUCGAUGCAGCUCUACGGCAGGAAAGUCCACCACCGGGAAGUUUUAUUGCUUCGAAUCGAUGCUUCGAAAAGGAGAUUCCUUCACUUUUUUCCGAGAUGGAGUACCUAACCGAGGUGUCUCCCGGGACGGAUGUGGUUUUGUCGGACACGAGCGCGAUAACGAUUGCGGUUAAUCCAACUGAAUUCUCCUGCAAACGUUCGCAACGCUGUCCGGAGGAGGAACCGAAGGAGUCUUCAUUCCAAACGGAAUCGCAAAAUUGUCGGCCGAACGCUACUUUACCUACUGUUGAAAACGCCCUCGAAACAUGCCCACAACCAGUACAAACUUACACCAAUGUAUCUGCCCCAUUAGAGUAUCAGCGUAUUCUCAACAAUUACAUACAAAAAGGUCGUCGAAAGCUGGAAGCUAGUUCCUACUCCAAAAUGAAAGCUUCCUGUCUGGCAAGGGAAAGAUCGAAAGCACCCGCACGUUCUACCUCAACGAUCGCAACGGUAACGACACCAAUGCAACCGUCCGAUGGAUCGGGUGCCCAGUUUAAGCUGUGCCCUGCUACUUCCUCCACUGCCAUUGUCAAUAAUCUUCCCCGAGCAAAGUGUAACGUCGAGGCACCUUCUUCCAUUUGCGACCGAUCAUCGUCGUCCACGUGCCCUGCGCUCCAUCAAAGCGCAACGCCGACAAUGGCAAUGCUCAAACAGACACGAUUGUAUCGGUGCAGGGAUUGUAGUUCCUCGUUCACUUCCAGUGAGCUGCUACGGAAGCACAAUUGCAUUAUCGCCGAACAGUAUCAGUGUCAGCUGUGCUUGCGUGAGUUCAAAAAACGUAAAACUCUUGACCAUCAUAUGAAAUCUCACGAGAAGGUAUUUUCCACCGAUGAUGAUUUGCGGAAGUAG